UAAUACACACACUCUAGUCAUGUCACUUUGUGCACCUACAUGAAUGCAUAUAAAUAUUAAAAUAAGCUUAAUAUUAAGAUUGCCUUUCUUGCAGAUUUCUGGGAAAAAAACAUCAGCUUCCACCAAAAGUGCUUGCACAUGAGUUAAGCUCGAGUUGGAUCAUGUGUACUAAAGGCAUCUGCGGUCAAGUGUCGAUUGAUACCCACGAUCAACACUCCAUCAACACCUCUGUUGACACUUAAUCGACACUCCAUCGACAUCUUGGUCGGCAGUCGGUUGAGAGUCGACUAAUUUUUGAUCGAUGCAUAUGAGCUGGUCGACACUCGGCUGACUAUCGUCCGACUGUUGAUCAAGUGUCGAUCGAGUGUCGACCGAAUGUCGAUCGCGCAUCGAUCGGUAUGUUGAUCGAGCAUCAAUCAGGAUGUCGAUCGAGUAUCGAUCAAGAUGUCGAUCGAGGGUAUCAAACGACACUCGCCCGCGGAUGCCUUUCGUACCAAUGAUCAUGCUGAUGAAUUACGUGCUUUAUACUAUCAAUCGCCGGAAAUUGUUAGUGGAAAUAUUAGAGCUACAUAAAAACAUAGGCUUGUUGAUCACUUAACUCAAUUAGCCUUGUAAAACUGAAGCAAUCAGCGUUGUUACAAUGUAAAAGAUCAGUCCUUUGAUCGCUGGGUACUGUACAGUAUAUUGUAUGCAUAUCCGUGCCGCAACAGACUGGCAGAACAUAGCCUACUUUGAUAGCCAAUAUGGAUCCACACUAUGGAAAGCUGGAGUGAUUCCUGGCAGGAGAAAUGUCUCGGGUAGAUGACUGUAGCAAAACAGAAAGUUUGGGAAAAACCUUCAAGUGUGAUGGCAAGGGGGAAAGUCUUUCCUGAGGAGAACCCGGCUGAGGGCAAUUCUGGUAACGUUAAGCAUCAAGCAGAACCAAGUGACGAGCUAGCCAUUGGUCAAGACGUUCAUACCAUGGCAUCCAGCAAGACGGAAUCGAGGGAAGAAAAUGAGAGUUUUCUUCUCGCUGGCCAAGAAGAUGAAAAUAAAAGUUACAGCUCUACAGCAAGCGGAGCGAGUGGCGCCAAUACUUCAGAAUCUACCGCGGAGAAAAGGCAACAACUCGACAACACAACAACCAAUCUGCAGACAUUGAUGCAUCUUUGGCGGGGAAACGUUGGUACGGGUAUGCUGGGAUUACCUGAGGCCAUGAUGCAUGCCGGGAUUGUGAUGGGUCCCCUGGCGCUGUUGCUAGUUGCAGCUAUUACGAUUCACUGUAUGCAUCUGUUGGUGCAAUGCAGUAACAUCCUAUGUCAAAGAACUGGAGAGAUUGCUAUGGGUUAUGGAGAAGUUGCCGAGGAGUCCAUUAGACGUUACUAUCCCAAGAGGGCACACAUUGGAAGGCACCUCGUCAACAUCUUCCUGUGUGUAUCCCAGCUGGGUUUCUGCAGCGUCUAUUUCGUAUUUAUUUCCAGCAACCUUCAACAGGUCUCAAAUGCCCUAGACGUCCAAACAUGGAUGGCAAUUCUCCUUCUUCCCAUAAUCCUCUUGUCGUUCAUCCGGGAUCUUCGUACCCUGGUUCCAUUCUCCAUUGCGGCCAACAUCUGCUGUGCUAUCUCGUUGAUUAUCAUCUUUCAGUACGUGGUCAGGAACAUUAACCACACGGAAAAUCUUCCCGCUUUUGCGGGAUGGUCGAACUUUGCUGUGUUCUUUGGAAUCACCAUGUAUGCUUUUGAAGGAAUUGGAGUGGUUUUACCGAUUGAAAAUAAAAUGGCCAACCCACAGGAUUAUCGCUUAGUUAUUAGCUUUGGUAUGGGAGUUGUUACAUUACUGUUUGCGCUGCUAGGAAUUCUGGGAUACCUAUCUUGUCAAGAUGAAUGUAAGGGCAGUAUAACACUGAAUCUUCCCGAUGAAGGAAUCUACUCCGGUGUAAAGCUGUUAUUUUCUACCUGCGUAUUUUUGACAUAUUUCCUUCAGUUUUACGUUCCUAUGCUUAUAAUCCAGCCGCCAAUCCUCAAACACGUGCCUGAGGAAUAUCGCAUCUGGGCUGACUACGGAAUCAGGGCAGCCACUGUUAUUUUAACAUGCAUCCUGGCAGUCAGUAUACCUCAGCUGGAUAACUUCAUCUCGCUUGUCGGUUCCAUCAGCUGCACAGCUCUUGCUAUUAUCUUUCCAAUCUUCAUUCAUAUCCUCACUCUGACUUCAGAAGGCGACGGUCGCGUCCCUUUGUUUAUUUUCUUUAAAGACGGUGUAAUUAUGGUCAUGGGUGUGUUUAUGUUCAUGUUUGGCACGUACACCUCGGUGGUACGUAUCAUUGAACGCUAUCAAACAGGAGAAAAUUAAUUAUUGAAUCGAUAACUGUGAUCAAGUGGACAAAAUAAUUCUUCGCGAAAAACUGAUCGGAGCAUAAUCAGGCUGAGAGACGACGUCUAGAUCGGCGGGAUGCCGAGCGUAGAAUCUUCGUACUCCGGAAUGAACUUCGGAAAAUUUUCUGAAGGUUCGGUAUAAAUUAAAGAUCGAGCCAGUAUGGAAAAAGUUCACUUGAAAGGUGAGGUUUCAACCACAUGGACGUGUGGUAUUGAGCUGAUAAAACAGUGGAACAAAUGUAAAUUAUGAAAUAACUGAAAUGAUAAUUUAUGAGAGACACGACUCGUUAACAAGUUGACGCGUCAGUACAGUGUUGAUUGAAGCAAAUGUGACAAAUACAGGACAAGGAGGUCUUCUGUUUAAUUUAGAAUGGCUCAAUAGUUUUUACAAGAAUAGGUCCGCACUGCGCACUGGUGUGGGCGUGGCGUCCUUUUUGCUUUUUUGAAUUUUACGGGUUGAGGAAAUUAAACUGGGAUGCUUAUUGGAAACGAGUUUCUUUAUCGGGAUAGGGUUCUGUUCAUUCCCCUUCUUCCUGGCGUUUUUUGCCACCUGAUCCCUACCCCUUCCCCGUUUACGCCUGCAACGCAGACUAUAUUUGUUAGUGUGUUUAGACAAUAGGUAGUCUUCUUAUGCGAGUACGUUAGCGUCGCUUUUACGUCACUCUGCCGUUGUCGCAGUGUUGCGCCUUUUUUGACGAGAAAUGUUUUCAGUUGUGAAAGACCUUUUUUUUUUUACAUGAAUGAAGGUCUUUCGUUUACUGCACAAUUUGUGGGUGUUUGUGGUGUAUGAACCCUUUAGCAUUUGACAGAAUAAUUUAAUGCGGUAAACCAGAUCACCGACCAUAUAUAACCUAUUUAAAAAAGUUAAAAUAGUUAAUAUUACAA